AUGAUUCAGGCUAAUGAUCAUGAUUCAGGCUAUAAUGGGCAUGAUUCAGGCUAUAAUGAUCAUGAUUCAGGCUAUAAUGAUCAUGAUUCAGGCUAUAAUGGGCAUGAUUCAGGCUAUAAUGAUCAUGAUUCAGGCUAUAAUGAUCAUGAUUCAGGCUAUAAUGAUCAUGAUUCAGGCUAA